AAACAAGAAAAAUAAGCACAAAAAUGGGUACUGUAAAAGCAGCUCCAAAGGAACAACCAAAAAUACCUCCACCGCCACAGCUACUACCAAAGAUUAUAAAUGGCGGCAUUGCGGGUAUCAUCGGCGUGUCCGUGGUGUUCCCCAUCGACUUGGUGAAGACGCGGCUGCAGAACCAGGUCAUCAGCCCCAGUGGCGAGAAACAGUACAAAAACAUGUUGGAUUGUUUUAAGAAAACAUACGCCCAAGAGGGAUACUUCGGCAUGUACCGCGGUUCGGCGGUGAACAUCAUACUCGUCACGCCCGAGAAAGCCAUCAAGCUGGCUUGCAACGAUAUGUUCCGCUACUACCUUACUUUGCCUGAUGGGACCCUGCCGAUUUUCCGUCAGAUGAUCGCGGGCGGCGCGGCGGGCGCGUGCCAGAUCGUCAUCACCACGCCCAUGGAGCUGCUGAAGAUCCAGAUGCAGGACGCGGGCCGCCUGGCGGCGCAAGCGAAAAAAGAGGGCCGGAAGUUCGAGCGUCAGUCGGCGAUGCAGCUGAUCAACAAGCUGCUGGCCGAGCGCGGCAUCAUGGGGCUGUACAAGGGGCUCGGCGCCACGGCCGCCCGCGACGUGUCCUUCAGCGUCAUCUACUUCCCCACCUUCGCCAUCCUCAACGACAUGGGGCCCAAGCAGCCCGGCGCCAGCGGCCCGCCCUUUUGGUGGUCGUUUAUAUCGGGGUGCGUCGCGGGCUCGUCGGCCGCGCUGGGCGUCAACCCGCUCGACGUGGUGAAGACGCGCAUGCAGACGCUCACCAAGGGCGCGGGCGAGCGCCAGUACACCGGCAUCGUCGACUGCGUCACGUCGACGCUGCGGAACGAGGGCAUCACGGCGUUCUUCAAGGGCGGCGCCUGCCGCAUGAUGGUGAUCGCGCCGCUCUUCGGCAUCGCGCAGACCAUCUACUACAUCGGCAUCGCCGAGUCUCUGCUCGGCUACCCCAGAUAAACUAUGACCACUACCUAAAACGCAUAACUAUCUACGAUUUUAUUACCUAUAAUCAGCCU